AAAAAGAGGAAGCAAUAACUGGCAAGGUCUGAAAGGAAGAAGAAAAUCAACACGAUCCACACUGAUCAGAAGCCUGUGUGGCACUUUUCCUUGGUGACUGGGAAUUCACAAGAGGAAACUGAUCCCAGGUCUGUGAGCAGAUGAAGGUUCUCCGUUUGCCAAAAGGGAUGAGAACAAUUUCCGUUCCUCUUCUGGAUCCUACAGGCAGCUGCUGCCCAGCCACAUACAGACACAAGCUAUAAACACAAGGUUCAGUCAGACCACAGGACAGCUAACGGCCCCCCACUUCCUCAUCGAGAGUCGAAGCUGAGCGAGCGAACGCAUGUUUCCUGUGACGCCUCUGUGUCUCUGGUCAAUUGGUUUACUCACGUUCUUCUUCCACUGUUGAAUUGAGCUGCAUGGAAUGAGAACGGCCUCGUCAUAUCCUGGGGUGGGGGGGAGCUCUCUGUUGGAUCUACACUGACAGUCAAUUGUUCAUCUGAAGAUUCUCUCCAAAAUCUGGAUCUGUCGGGACACAAAAACACAGCAGACCUCAGUUAUUAAUAGACUUCAGAGGAAAAGCUGCGAUGCAGUCUUCACACAGUUGAGGUUGUGUGAGGGUUUGGGGAUUUUCAGCCAUGCUACAGCAGUCGGACCUCAUCUUUGACUUUGCAAGUGACCAUGUCAAUAUGUCACAGUUGGGGAGUUACUCGGAUUACCCUGCAGUGAUUGUGGAGCAGGUGCCCCAUCCACACCUGCUCUCGUAUGCAGGUCUGACGUGUGAACAGACAGAGCAUCACCAGCAGCUGCUCAAAGUGGAGCAAUGUGAAAGUGGAGAGGAGGAGACCAUGGAGACACUUGUCUCUGCCGACUCGCUCCUUAACAUGGACUGCCCUGACACCCUCUCCCUGGAACACUACUCCCAGACCUUCUUACCAUCACUGGGGGAUGUCUUCACUACUCCUGUUACCCAGGUGACUGUGUCAGCAGAGAGGAUUAUGGGAGGUUUUGACCAGCAACAAUGGCACUCAAAGAAGCCUGCGGCACAGCUGCAGUCCAAAAAGAGAGGGAGAAAACCUCGACACAGAAGGGCAGAGUCUCCCACGCCAGACAUUAUAGUGAAGAAGGACAAAUACAACAAAGGAGGAAACACACUGUACCUGUGGCAGUUCCUGAUGGAGUUGCUGCAGGACCGACAGGUCUGCCCCCGCUACAUUAAAUGGACCAAUCCCCACGCAGGAAUCUUCAAGUUGGUCAACUCCAAAGCAGUGGCCAGACUCUGGGGCAAACACAAGAACAAGCCGGAUAUGAAUUAUGAGACGAUGGGCAGAGCACUCAGGUACUACUACCAGAGAGGCAUACUGAAUAAGGUUGAAGGUCAGCGACUCGUCUACCAGUUCACCUCUCUGCCCAAAGAUAUGAUUUAUAUCACAGAUGGAGAUGGCAUCAAAGAGGAAGACGAUGACGAUCAGGACGACAUCAGUGGCAAUGAUGAGGCUGUGAGUGAUGACUCGGAUGCCAGCACUAUACCGUCUAGUGACCAAUCGGUUGAGGAGGAAGACUUGCAACCACCACAGAAGAAAACGUCCCCCUGCUCCGUUCGAGGCUCAGCCACCCAGCGCACCAGGCCGGCCCCCAGGCCCUCAGUCCAGCGCGACACUGUCCUGAGGGCUGCUAGUACCAGCUUGAUCCAGGAGCAGCAUUUGCCUAUUGUGUCCGCGGAGAUGCUGCGGACCCUGCAGAACCUGCAGAAGGUCCAGUCCCUGCAGCCCGCAGGUCACGCCUCUGUCUUCAAAACGGCUCAGCUGCUGGGGAGUCUGUGUGAGCGACAGGCCGCCGCUGAGGUGGCUGUGGACAGUGAGGGUGCACGGGAGGCGUUCGGUGGAAAGUCACAUCCAGGACCCAAAACUUCACACGUGGAGGCUCCACAGCUGGUGCCCCUAACUAGCUCUCACCAAUAAGAUAAAUAAAAAAAGCGCAGUCACCCCCCAAUACACACACAUGCACACACACACACUCCACUGACUCAGGACCAGUUACAGAGCUGCACUUUGCUGCAGCGAUGUCUUUACACCAGGACCUAUAUUUGUUAAGAGUGGGAGUAUUGAGCUAGGAUCAUUUUUUGUAUUUUAGAUUAUAUUAUGAAUUUAUAAUAAAAGUAAUUCUAGAGAUCCCUGACAUCCGAGUUGGCAGCAAACUCCCAACAUUCAGCAGUUUACUUUCUACGAGACUUUAAAAGCUCAUGUGCUUUGUCUCAGCCUUCUGUCAUGCGCUCUGGCAGUUAACCACACAAGACACCAAAGACAGACAUGCACUGGAAUCAACAGCCUCUCUGCACAUUCUGCAGACACACUCUCUGCUUGCACUUCACCUCCAGUGUCACGGAGCUAAUUAUCCAAUCAGUACACUGUGCCCUCCUUCUCUGCCUUUACUCUUUCCUACUCUUUGUUGUUUUUUUUGUUUUUUUCUAUCACAUGCUGAAUCAUUCCUCUGCCUUGAAAAUGGCUUUGCACUAAUGUUUAUCUCUGCUGUAUGUUUCUACUCUUAAGUGCCUGACGUUCUCAGUCCAUCCCUGCUUCCUGUGCUCCUGAUAAUCAUGAGGUUAUUGAGGGAAAACAUUCCAUAUUAUUAUUAUUAUUUUUUUAAGAUUACUGAAUUAUGUUUGUAUUGUGAAAUGUGGAAAACAAGGGAUCACUGUUAUUUCUAGAAUAGUAAUUUAGCACUGCUGCUGUUCGUAUCUACUCGGUGGACUUUCCUUUUGUCGACAAUCACCAGUGAAUUGGCCUUUUUAUUUAGCUGCAUUGCCUCCUGUAGAGUCAUACCGCUACUAUUUAGCCUUUCUACUACUCGUACAUUCUCCUUAGUUAUUACAUGUAUAUACACAAAUGCAUAUAUGGACCUCUAAAGCCUUGAUAUCUUUAUGUAUUGUGUGUUAUAUACUGUAUGUCUGUGAACAUGCUUGACUUUGUGCCUUGUUGCCAUUUUCUCCCUCAGGUUUCGUACAAAAUGUGUUUUAUUGCACAGAUUAAACUCUAUGCAAGGAGUAAAACAGCUGGCCCUUUUAUAAUGAAGUAAUGCUAGUGUUUUUUUCAUUCAGUUGAUCUGAGUUCAGCCUCACAAACCUCACUCCAAAUGAAAACUGGGUUUGUAAGAUUCAGGCGGACUCCUGUGAGGCUGAACUUGGUUUAGGAGACACUUGUAACUGCCUUUUCUCCACAGAGAACCAUAUGCAAAACAGUUUUCACUUUAUUACUGAGUAAGCCAUUUAUUGGAAUCCCCUCGCUUUGCUUCAUCUGGAAAUCUUUUGAUACUGUAAGUUUAACUGAUAUUAUAUAAGCGUGUUGCAGAGGGAGAGGUGGAGUUUCUGUUGCCUUAUUCUGGUGUGUUUGCUUUCAUGCAGUCCAGAGGUGUUGAAAAGAUAAUUGUCUAUUAUAUAAAAUAAACUUAAUUUUGUCAUUGUC